CUGAUUUCCUAACCUGAAUAGUCGUCAACUUUAACGAUUUACGAAAGAUACACAAGUGCCCUUGAUAAUUUAUCACGUAAAUUUUGGUAAUUCGUGAACAUGUCAUUAAUAAGGAAACCCAUGCGAUAUGCUCAUCAAGAAGGACACACCGACGUUUGCUAUUAUUCUGGCGAAAAGAGAGGACUCGUUACUUGUGGACGUGAUGGAGACGUUAGAUUCUGGUUAAAUUUAAUGGACGAUGAUCCAACCACCAGUUGUAUUUCGGAACAAGCAAUUACAGCUAUUUCAAAGAAUGGUAAAAUUUUUGUGGGAAAUGACAAUAAUACUGUACAAAUACUUACUUAUCCUGAUUUAGAAAAGGAAGGAAUAGUUACUAGAUUUUCAGCACCAGUUUCAGCAUUGGCAACAACAAAAAAUAGUAGUUUAAUAAUAUCUGGUGCUUGUGAUAUGCGAAUACAAGUUACAAACAUUAAUACUUCAGACAGUAUAGAACUAGAGGGUCAUGAAGCACCUAUCUUAGGUCUAUCUUUAGAUCCAAAAGAAGAAUUUGUGGCAUCUUCUAGUGCUGAUGGAUCUAUUCGAGUAUGGAAUAUUAAAGAAAAGCAAACAGUACAUAUUUGGAAUAAUAUUGUACCAAAAUGUAACUCCUUUUUUAUUGCAAAGUCAUAUUGUACACCUUCUUUUAAAUGUACAGAUGGCAGUUGCUUAGCAUAUCCAUCUAAUAAAGAUGUAGUUAUUGUGGAAAGAUUAUCCUGGAAGGAAUUGUGUAGAUUGAAAUGUCCUACUUUAAAAACUGACAUUAGCAUUUGUAAAUUUUCUGAGUGUGGCACGCGCAUCGCGGCUAGUUCACUGUAUGGAGAGAUAGUUGUAUGGAAUGUAGAAACCAAGGAAAUGAUUGGAUAUCUCGAACACGAACAAGAUGCCAAAAUCACUGCAUUGGUGUGGCACAUAGAUCAUUCAAAUGAAAUUGCAUUCUGUGAUGCACUAGGAAAAUUAGGAUGCAUUGAUGUGAUAAGCGUUAGUAAGCCUAGAAGUGAGGUAAUCUUAGAUUUUGAACAAAAUGAAGAUGUAAUGGAAAAUGAUAUUUUAUCGGACAAUGACGAUGAUGACGAAAAUGUGAUAUCCCUGAAUAAAAUAAAGGCCUCUAUCAAUUUAAAGAACGACGAAAAAUCUAAUUUUGAUGUAGACUUUGAAAAGCCUUCAUGUGACACAAAGACUUUUAUACCUAACGUAAAAUUGCAAUCAUCUUUUCAACCUGGAUCUACACCCUCUCAUUUAUUAUCAUAUUUCAUGAUGUGGAACGAUGUGGGAAUGAUUAGAUGUUUUUCAUCAGAGGAUGGAGAAGAAUGUAGUAUUGAAGUAGAGUUUCAUGAUGUUACGGUUCAUCGCAGUAUGCAUAUAAAUAAUUAUUUGCGACACUCUUUAGCUGCCCUGUCUACUCAAGCACUUGUUCUAAGUUGUCCAGCUUCUGAAGAUGGUCCUAGUAAAAUCGUCGUGAUAGCUUUGCAAGGUUGGGGUUCUGGAAAUAAAGAAUGGUCUUUAGACCUACCAGAAGGAGAAGAAAGCGAAUGCUUAGCGGUUGGUGAUAAUUUUGUUGCAGUAGCAACGUCUAGAAGAAAUUUAAGAAUAUUCAUGAUAGGAGGAACACAACGUGAGAUUUUAGCUCUGCCUGGGCCUGUAGUUGUAAUGAAUGGUCUAGGUAAUCAUCUUGUAAUAGCUUAUCACGCUGGAGUUGGUCCAGCGGGUGAUCAGAAUAUAAGUUUAUUAUGGAUACAAAUACAGGGAGCGCAUUUACGCAGUCAAACUUUAACGCUUCCGCUUUCGCCAACAUCGGAUCUCAUGUGGUUGGGAUUAUCAGAUGCUCGUUCGCCCACUAUCAUGGAUUCUGACGAUGUUAUUAGGAUAUACGAUAAGAAAUCUUGCCAAUGGAGAGUACUCUGUGAUGCAAAUGCACAGGGAAAAGGUAGAGCAGAUCACUAUUUCAUAAUCGGUGUGAGCGAAUACGAACGGAAUAUGCGAUGUAUCCUCUGUAAAGGUAGUUAUUAUCCUCCAACUACCCCGCGACCAAUAAUUACCGAGGUAUCGCUAUCUGCACCUCUCUGCGAACCGGAAUCUGAAAAAACUGAAAAAGAACGUAAACUAUGGGAGAUAGGAAAUAAUCCGUUGGAUGAAACUGAAGCAAUAUUAACUUUAAUAGCGCUUGCCUGCAAAAGCAAUUUGGAAUAUCGUGCAGUGGACAUUUGCGAACAAAUUGCGUCAACGAAAGUGAUUGAUUUAGCCGUACGGUAUGCCUUGCGUUUAAAUAAAAUGGCUUUGGCAAAUAAAUUAGAGACGAUCGCUGACGCAAAAUCAGAUUCCAAAAAUACAAGAGAAGAAGAAAUGGAAAAUCAUCAAGACGAUUUUACAAGUAAUAAUUCUAAUAAUCAAGACAAUAAUCAAGAAGACAAUGAUGUGUCUUUACCAUCCAUUAAAAAACCAGAGAUAGAGAUUAAGCCAUUGGUCAUGAGUCAAACAUUAAAAAGAGUAAAUCCAUUUUUAAAAGCCGGAAGUCCAUCUCUAUCGCCAAGAGGGUUAGCUGGUUUAAAUAGUUUACCCAAGAAGCCCCAAAAACCUGUGUUACCUAACAUUACGCCUGUUAAAUCGAAAUCGAAAACCGAGUCGAAAAAAGAGUCGUUUAUUAAUUGGUAUUCCAAAAAUAAAAAGAAUUUGCAGGAAGAAUUUCCUGAGGUAAACGUUACCGAAUUAACAAAAAUCGGUUUGGCACGAUACAAAGAAGUGUCAUCGCAAUCGAAUACAGACAAUGUGAUUGAAUCUUCAGAACUCGUCAAGAAACGAAAAUUAUCAAAUCACGUACCGUUGGACCCCAUCCAAGAGGCCAUGGGCUCCAUGGGUCUAUGGCACAUCGUGAUCGCCGUGGCGAUUUCUCUCGUAAAAUUUCCAGUAGCUUGGCACCAGCUCUCUAUCGUGUUCCUUGCACCGCCUACUAAUUUCUCAUGCAUCGCUCCUUUGUCAGCAACUAACGACUCCAUGAUAAUGAAAUGUGAAGUUAAUGUUGGGAAUGACACGAUAGAAGAGUGCACUAAAUUCGCAUACGAUAAGCGAAUAUUCCGAGAGAGUAUCAUAACGCAGUGGAAUUUAGUAUGCGAUAGAGAGCAAUUGGCGAAUUUAGCACAAUCUUGCACAAUGUUUGGUGUGCUCGUUGGUAAUUUAAUUUUCAGUAUGAUGGCUGAUAGAAUUGGCAGAAAGAAGCCGUUAAUGAUCGCGAUUGCACUUCAAUCGGUGACAGGAUUUGCGAGUGCAUUUGCACCGUGGUACGAACUGUUCCUAAUACUAAAAUUUGUUUGUGCCGUAUCUACUGGUGGAACAAUGCUCGUCAGUUUCGUUUUACUUAUGGAAAUUAUUGGGGUAAAAUGGCGGUCGAUUAUGUCAGUUCUUUAUCACGUGCCAUUUUUAAUUGGACAUGUAAUGAAUCCCCUGAUAUCUUAUUUGACACUUACAUGGUAUGGAUUUCAAAUGGCCGUCUCGAUACCAUCAAUUUUCUUAUUAUCGUACUACUGGAUUAUUCCAGAAUCACCGAGAUGGUUACUAGUUGUAGGCAAACACAAACGGGCAGAACGAAUUUUGCUGAAAGCUGCCAGAAGAAACAAGAUACCAGUGGAAAAUGUAAAGCUAGCGCUUGAAACUUAUGAAAAUCAGAGAACAAUUCGGCACACGAAGAACAAUGAGAAAUACAAUAUCACGCAUUUAUUUAGAACUCCGAAUUUAAGAUUGAAAACUACAUAUGUGAGUGUCAAUUGGUUCGUCUGUGGUAUCUGUUUCUUCGGAUUGGCGCAAUAUAUGGGUCAUCUCGACGGCAAUAUAUUCAUCAAUGUCGCAGUUUCUGCCGCCAUGGAAAUACCUGGAACCAUAAUAGUACUGUUUCUGAUAUCGCGAGUUUCGCGUUUAAAAAUUUUGAUGGGCGGAAACAUUUUGUCCGGUGUGAGCUUGCUUUUGAUAACUCUUGUAACCAAUGGAAAUGUCCGGAUAUUUUUAGCUUCGCUAGGGCUUGUGGGAAUGGCUAUUAGCUUUCCUACAGUAUACCUGUACAGUUGCGAAGUAUUUCCGACUGUCGUAAGAAACGUCGGCGUUGGUUUAGGAAGUACUUCUGCCAGAAUCGGAAGUAUAAUCGCACCGUUCAUCGCCACAAUGGGUACUAUUAAACCUUGGCUACCUCCAGUAAUAUUUGGCAUAGCACCGAUAUUAGGCGCUAUACUCUGUUUAUUUUUACCAGAAACGAUGAAUUGCGAAUUACCAGAGACAAUAGAAGACGCCGAAAACUUUAGGAAAGAAAAAUCCGAAGAACAUUGACUUGGCAAUUGAUAUCGUACUGAUUUCGUACAAUAAUUUUCCAUGAUUAAAUAUCUCAAAGAUAUUAUCACUAUUACGGCACGGUUUUAAUCAUUUAAGUUAUUUUAUGC